AAGAUGCUGGACCUCCUGGAGGACUUCCUGGAGUAUGAAGGCUACAAGUAUGAGCGGAUCGACGGUGGCAUCACUGGGGGCCUCCGACAAGAGGCCAUCGACAGAUUCAACGCCCCUGGGGCCCAGCAGUUCUGCUUCCUCCUCUCAACCCGGGCGGGCGGCCUGGGCAUCAACCUGGCCACGGCGGACACGGUCAUCAUCUAUGACUCAGACUGGAACCCGCACAAUGACAUCCAGGCCUUCAGCCGUGCCCACCGCAUUGGGCAGAACAAGAAGGUGAUGAUCUACCGGUUUGUGACACGGGCCUCGGUGGAGGAGCGCAUCACGCAGGUGGCCAAGCGCAAAAUGAUGCUCACCCACCUGGUGGUGCGGCCCGGCCUUGGCUCCAAGUCGGGCUCCAUGACUAAGCAGGAGCUAGACGACAUCCUCAAGUUCGGCACGGAGGAGCUCUUCAAGGAUGACGUGGAGGGCAUGAUGUCUCAGGGCCAGAGACCUGUCACGCCCAUCCCUGAUGUCCAGUCCUCCAAAGGGGGAGCCCUGGCUGCCAGUGUGAAGAAAAAGCAUGGUAGCACCCCGCCAGGUGACAACAAGGACGUGGAGGACAGCAGUGUGAUCCACUAUGACGACGCAGCCAUCUCCAAGCUACUGGACCGGAACCAGGAUGCCACCGACGACACGGAGCUGCAGAACAUGAACGAGUACCUGAGCUCCUUCAAAGUGGCACAGUACGUGGUGCGCGAAGAGGACGGCGUGGAGGAGGUGGAGCGGGAGAUUAUCAAGCAGGAGGAGAACGUGGACCCCGACUACUGGGAGAAGCUGCUCCGGCACCACUACGAGCAGCAGCAGGAGGACCUGGCCCGCAACCUGGGCAAGGGCAAGCGCAUCCGCAAACAGGUCAACUACAACGACGCCUCCCAGGAGGACCAGGAGUGGCAGGACGAGCUCUCAGACAACCAGUCUGAGUAUUCCAUCGGUUCCGAGGAUGAGGACGAGGACUUUGAGGAGAGGCCGGAAGGGCAGAGUGGACGGCGACAAUCCAGGAGGCAGCUGAAGAGUGACAGGGACAAGCCCCUACCACCUCUUCUUGCUCGAGUUGGUGGCAACAUCGAGGUGCUGGGCUUCAACGCUCGGCAGCGGAAGGCCUUUCUGAAUGCCAUCAUGCGCUGGGGCAUGCCUCCCCAGGACGCCUUCAACUCCCACUGGCUGGUGCGGGACCUCCGCGGGAAGAGCGAGAAGGAGUUUAGAGCCUAUGUGUCCCUCUUCAUGCGGCACCUGUGUGAGCCGGGGGCGGACGGCGCAGAGACCUUUGCAGACGGCGUGCCUCGGGAGGGCCUGUCCAGGCAGCACGUGCUCACGCGCAUUGGGGUCAUGUCACUAGUUAGGAAGAAGGUUCAGGAGUUCGAGCACGUCAAUGGGAAGCACAGCACCCCGGACUUGAUUCCUGAGGCGCACGAGGGCAAGAAGCCGGGCGAGGUCAUCUCCUCGGACCCCAACACUCCGGUGCCCGCCAGCCCCGCCCACCUCCCGCCAGCCCCGCUGGGCCUGUCAGAUAAAAUGGAAGCCCCGCUGGGCUACAUGGAUGAGAAAGAGCCGGGGGUCCAGAAGCCAAAGAAGGCCCUGGAAAUCCAGGCCCUGCCAACUGCCCUGGACAGAGUGGAGGGCGAGGACAAACACGAGAGCUUGGACAGCAAGGAGAGAGCCCGAGAGGAGCGGCCAGAGGAGACAGAGAAGGCCCAGCCCUCUCCGGAGCAGCUGCCCAAAGAGGAAGUGCUUCCUGAGAAAGAGAAAAUCCUGGACAAGCUGGAGCUAAGCUUGAUUCACAGCAGAGGGGACGGCAGCGAUUUCAGGCCAGAUGACACCAAGGCUGAAGAGAAGGAGUCCAUUGAAACACAGCAAAAUGGUGACAGAGAAGAAGAUGUGGAGGGAAAGAAGGAGGACAAGAGUGGGAAAUUCAAAUUCAUGUUCAACAUUGCAGAUGGGGGCUUCACAGAGCUGCACACGCUGUGGCAGAACGAGGAACGUGCUGCUGUGUCGUCGGGGAAAAUCUACGACAUCUGGCACCGGCGCCAUGACUACUGGCUGCUGGCGGGCAUCGUGACACAUGGCUAUGCCCGCUGGCAGGACAUCCAGAAUGACCCGAGAUACAUGAUCCUCAACGAGCCCUUCAAGUCUGAGAUUCACAAGGGCAACUACCUGGAGAUGAAGAACAAGUUCCUGGCCCGCAGGUUCAAGCUGCUGGAGCAGGCGCUGGUGAUUGAGGAACAGCUCCGGAGGGCCGCGUACCUCAACAUGACCCAGGACCCCAACCACCCCGCCAUGGCCCUCAACGCCCGCCUGGCCGAGGUGGAGUGCCUUGCUGAGAGCCACCAGCACCUGUCCAAGGAGUCCCUGGCCGGGAACAAGCCUGCCAAUGCCGUCCUGCACAAGGUCCUGAACCAGCUGGAGGAGCUGCUGAGCGACAUGAAGGCGGACGUGACACGCCUGCCCUCCAUGCUGUCCCGCAUCCCGCCCGUGGCUGCCCGCCUGCAGAUGUCGGAGCGCAGCAUCCUGAGCCGCCUGACCAACCGUGCCGGGGACCCCACCAUCCAGCAGGGCGCUUUUGGCUCCUCCCAGAUGUACAACAACAGCUUUGGGCCCAACUUCCGGGGCCCUGGACCGGGAGGGAUUGUCAACUACAACCAGAUGCCCCUGGGGCCCUAUGUGACCGAUAUCUAGUCGUCCCCAUGAUUUCCCUCUGUCGCAGCGCUCAUUUCCAGCUGAGCCACGCUUUCUGGGCCACCUGCCCGACCCCCGUGGGAGAGAAAAG